AUGAGGUACGUGGAAGUGCAAAUCAAAUGCGAUGGUCAAACUUGUCGAAGUAUUGCUGCUCGCCCUUCCAAAAAUCCUGCCACUCACACACAAAAGUACAACGUUAGUCCGCUCAAUGCUACCGACUGGACACCGAUCAAUGGCCUUGGCCAAGCAGAUAUCAUGUAUACCUCUUUCUUCCCGGACUUCACUAACGCAACCAACCCGACAGUGGGCUGUGAUACCGUAUUCUGCCCUCCAAGUGCCAUAGAAGCGUACUUGGUGGAUCCGGCCAAUCCGCUGUUGCAGACUUCCACCAGCAAGAUCUGGAAGCUCGGAAACGAUCUUGUCUCCCAACGGUUCACGCAACUCAUCAAUACUUACUGGAUUGACAGCAUCGCCCCCGCUGCAAUCUCGGGAAACUUCAGCUUGGCCACCAGUGACGUGGGCACCACAUCGCAGUACAACACGGAUAGCGCGAUUGGCACAAUCACGACCAGCGAGAUUGUUGUCAAGUGCGACUACAAGUGGCUCGUUGUCCUGCUCGUCUGCUCUAUCGUGCUGUUCAUACUCGGCCUGGCUACAGUAGUGCUGACGGCGUAUCGGCGUGGGCCUGACUUGUUGGAUAGGUUCAGCUCGCUUCUAAGGGACAAUCCGUAUGCCAAUGUUCCUCAUGAGUCGUCGAUGGAGAACGCCGCGGAGCAGUCGAAGCGACUGGGUAAUCUGAUGGUUCGACUCGGCGAUGUUCGUCCCGAGGACGAUGUUGGAUAUGUUGCAAUAGGAGUACUUGGUGGCGAUCACGCAGUGCAGAAAAUGAGCCGGAGGAGGAAGUAUGCUUGA